AUGAGCUCAGAGAGAUUCAAUUACUUGUCAGAACUGUACUUAUCGGUUACCCGUUCGAUAUGGGGAGAACUUUCCGAUGCCGACCCUGAUAAAUCCAAGGAAAUUUCAAGUGACGAGCAGAAUGAUAGGGAUUUCUUUGCCUUUGAGUCUGCGAUCUCAGCAGUCUCGGGUGCCUACGAGAGUAUCGACAUAACGACUGAAGAUCGUGACAAUAAAUUUCGAAACACAAUCGAAGAGCAGCUUAGCACAUUCGGCGCCAGAUCGAUACACUCCAAUCAGACUAACGAGCACACCUCACCAUCUUCCAGUGGUGGCCAUGAAGACUUAAUUCACAGCAUACAUCAAUAUGGCGAGUUCAUACUCACAUCAGGUUCCUGCGAUCACGGGAUAGAGAAGAAUCUUCUUCCUAAGUCACCGUCACAAUGGAAGGAGGGAGUUGCUGGUCUCACCCAAGUGAACAAGAUGGCAGAGACGAAAGCUUACUCAAAGCAUUCUAAGCGGCCGGAACAAAAGGCGGGCCAGUCAUUCGAGGGUUUGAUCAACACAAAAUGUGUAGACAUGCCAUUGGACAAUUUAUUUGACCAUCUUGUCAACGGAACAUGCCAGAAUGAGGACCACGAAGCUUUAAUCAAUCUGUCAGGGUGGAAAGAUAUUGAGGACAAAAGUGUCAUUUAUACUUUCCUGUCAUGUAAAACAAUUAAUUUGCGUGGGACUCAUCACUGCUAUACAUCAUGCACCCUCGAAAGCCAGGGCGUCAAGAGUCAUGAUGGAAACCUAAGCAUCUGCAGAGAAAUCCAGGAUGCCCAACUCUUGAGAAUUCCACUCUGGCUAUCUUUUAACAGAACUGAUAUUUGGCUAGCCGACACGAAUGGCCUCGAAAUUAUCAGCAAUGCAAAGAAUAAGCACAGAACGCACAUCACAAUGGAGCAGCUGAUUCAACAGAAGCAAUUCAAGACUUCAGAUAUACAAAUUGAACUUAAGAAGUUCCACUUGGCUUAUCGAUUGGUUUCCUCGCUACGACAUCUCUAUCUUAGUUCCUGGUUACAACAGGACUUAACCUUGGGAAACAUCUUUGUCAUGCACGAUUCAAAAGCUGAUUCUGGCGACAAAAUGCUUGAGCCUUAUAUCAACUGUUUGCUACACAAUAGUCUCAAACACGAGAAUGCGGUGAUUGAAGACUUCAAUUUUGGAGAUCAAGACUGUUCAAGAUUCUUCCUUUCCCUUGCUCAAGUUCUUAUGGACAUCUUCAAAGGGGAGAUGAGGGAAUGCAACUAUGGAACAAACCUUACAGCGUGGUAUGAUGCCCUGGCGGACGAGGCAGAGGCGACGCUCCAGGAUGAUCUUACCAAGCAUUAUCGAGCUGCCAUUUUUAGCUGUCUACUAUUCCUUAGACACUAUCGUGUCGGGAUGGGCAAGGCAAACAAGAAGGAAAUAAGGGCCCAGUGGGUGAUACUUGAGCACAUUGUUGUUCCACUGAGAAAGAAUCUCGACAUUUGGGAAGCGCAAGUCUCGCAGAUAAGCAAGGUCCCCGGAGUCAAUCCUAGUAAAGAGUCAACGCAGUGCGAAACUUGUCAACAGCCUUAUCAUCGGGAUAUUGUUCCGAAAACAUCAAUACACCGACCAACAUCUGCCACAUUUACGUUAUUUUCUGAUGAGGACGACAGAAAUGAGGUUCUAAAGCCCAACCAGGUUCAAGCUCGAUCUGAGCACGACUUUUCAACACGCAUACAGAGGUUUAUACAAAGGCACAUCCUUAGAACGUCCUAUGUCGAUAUCUCAAUAGAUUACCCAUACAAAAGAGUAACUGUCGCCAUAAUCGAUACGGGAUUCAGUGCCAACGACGAUCCUUUCUUUAUCAACGCUGAAACAAGAAUUCGGAGUCGUCGAAGUUUCAUCGGAGAGGAGGACGACUGGGAAGACAUACACGGUCAUGGAACACAUGUCGCUAGACUGGUGCUACGGCAUGCACCAGAGUGCGAAGUUUAUGUUGCAAAGAUCUCCAACACACGUUCUUUCUCAGAAGACCAUGUCGGGCAGCUCGCCAAGGCUCUCGAAUGGGCGGGAGAACACGCUGACAUUAUCAACCUAUCUUUGGGUCUCGGGCAACUAUGCCCUUCUCCACGCUUAAAAAAAGUGCUGGAUAGCCUUGUGCUGAAUCGCAAGCUUAUAUUUGCAGCUGCCUCUAAUUCAGGUGGCAAUAGAUCUAGGCCUUGGCCAGCUAACCAUCCCGGAGUUUUCUGCAUCCACGCUACAAAUCAACGUGGUAACACGAAUCGCGACAUGAAUCCAACAGCCCAGCAUGAAAAAGAUAACUUUGCAACACUUGGCGAAAACAUUGAGUCGUAUUGGAUGGGCGAAAAGCGCUGUAUCUCAGGAACCUCAUUCGCCACCCCAAUAGCAGCGGCCUUGGCGGCGAACAUCUUGGAAUUUGCCCGGAGAAAUCUAUCCGCGGAUGAAGCCCAUAAUCUGCAGGCCUACGGGCCAAUGAGGAAGCUCUUCCGUCAAAAAAUGACGGACAACGGCAAGUCUAAGGGGCAAUAUCAUUACAUAAAACCUUGGAGUAAUCAGUUAUGGGGUGAAGAAGGCAAUGAUGACGAUGUGGCUAGAGUCUUUAGGGAGUUUCUCGUGCACUGGACUUAG